UUAGAUUAGUGUGUUCUGUAAUGUAAGACUUGAUGCAUUGACUCGGUAGAUCUAUGCAUCCCUUAAUUCACCACAAGUCCGCUCCUUCCUUGUCUGCCUACCUAAAAUUAAUUUCCUGGGAAGAACAAUGGCCGGAGGAGGAGGCUUCCUGUCUUCCAUGUUCACCACGAUGGUAGCCAAGCUGCAUAGCUUGGCUUCACCGUCAAUAACAUCUUCUUCUUCUUCGUUGCCACACAACAAUAUUGAACGGGAGAUGAGUAAGCUGACAGAGACGAUGAGGAGAAUCCAAGCCAAACUUGAUGACUCAGAGGAGGAGAAUCAUGCAAAAAGUCACUCGGAGAAGCUUUGGCUAAGCGAGCUCAAAGAUGUUGCCUAUGACGCCGAAGACGUAGUAGAAGAGUACGAGUACAAGGUGCUUCGUUCCAAACAAUUGCAUGAGCACAACAGUGGCACAUAUGAGGAUGAACUAGCAAAUAAAGCCGCAGAGAUAAGGAAAAGGUUUGAUGAGAUCACCAAGGAGUGGAAACUCCUAAAGUUGCCUAAGAAGGCCGGAAAAAGAAAGAGAAACCCCAUGCUCUCAGAAAUGAAUCGAGAAACAGGCUCUUUAGUGGUUGAAUCAGAUGUUCUUGGAAGAGAAGAGGAAAAAGAUGUGCUGGUUAAAUGGCUGCUGUCAGAUGAUACAACAGGAAAUGGAGUUUCUGUAAUUGCUGUAAUUGGGAUGGGGGGACUGGGUAAAACAACACUGGCUCAGCUUGUCUAUAAUGAUCAGAGAGUGAAAAGCUAUUUCGAUUUAACAGGAUGGGUCUGUGUAUCUGAAAAUUUUCAUGUUGUUAGUUUGACUGAGAAAAUUCUACAAUCAUUCACAAAAGUGAAAGUCCAUGAAGAACUAGAUGAGCUCCAACGUGCACUACAAGAGAAACUGCAGGGGAAAAGGUUCUUACUGGUAUUAGAUGAUGUUUGGAAUGAUAACUUUUGUCUUUGGGAACAAUUAAAAAAGCCGCUGCUAUCGGCUAUUGCAGGUAAAGUUAUAGUAACUACUCGGAAUCAUUCUGUUGCUCGUAUUAUGCAGACAACAAGAGACAGUCUGAAGUUGAAUGUCUUACCUUUUGAUGUGUGCUGGUCAUUGUUCAAGAAAGUCACUUUGGGAGGAGCGGAUAUAAGCUUACGUCCAGAUCUUGAAGACAUCGGUCGGAGGAUAGUAGAGAAGUGCAAAGGCUUGCCCUUGGCUGCCAAGUUGAUCGGGGGUGCUUUAAGAAAUGACGAAGAUAAAGAUUCAUGGACGGACAUCAUAGAAAGUGAGGUAUGGAAGUUAGAUGACAGAAAUAUUGAAGUUUUACCUGCACUUAAAAUAUCAUAUGAUUGCAUGCCGAUACAACUUAAAAGAUGCUUCCAAUACUUGUCCUUUUUUCGCAAAGACACAUGUUUAUCUUCAAAGGGAAUAGUCCAAUUAUGGAUGCCACAAGGUAUUUUUCCUCUUGAUGGAGAUAAGAGAGCUGAGGACAUUGGCAGUGAUUACAUAAAAAGAUUGGUUGAGAGGUCAAUGUUAAAUCCUGAAGAAGGGUCUUAUUUUUCGAUGCAUGAUCUUGUUCACUAUCUUGCACAAUAUGUAGCGCAGGAUGAAUGCCUCUGUGUGAUUGAUGACAAUUUCGACAGAAGGAAAUUACAAGAGAUUCGACACUUAUCGUUCGAUAGUGAAAAUAUUAAGAUGAUCAAAGAUAUUAAUCUUCAACAACUAAAACAUCUGCGGACACUUCUUAUUAGAAACGGCUAUUGGGGGAGAGUUUUUCCAAGACAAGACAAAUUUUUUGGAGUCCUUGACAAUCUUUUCCAAAAAUUGAAAUACAUACGCGCACUUGGUUUAAACCAUACCAGUGUCGCAGAGCUACCGGAUUCAUUGGGCAACCUCAAACUACUCCGUUACCUUUCUAUAGAAAACACUCAUGUCAGGAGUCUUCCAGAGUCCAUAUGCAACCUUUACAACUUACAAAUUCUCCAUGCUGGAAGUGUUUUUAAACUCCCAAGGCAUAUUGGAAAUUUGAUAAACCUACGUCAUCUUUGGCUUUCUCACCAAAUUGACUUUCUUCCAUCUGGAAUUGGAAACUUGACCAACUUACAGACACUCAGCCACUUCAACAUCAGUCAUGAAGAAGAGCAUUGCAACAUAGGAGAAUUGAAUAGUUUGAUGAAACUUGGAGGAAGCAUCUCCAUUGAUAUUAUAGGUUAUGUGAAUAAUUUUUCAAACUCAAAAUUUCCUCUGAAGACAAAAAAGUAUCUUGAUUCUUUGAAGUUAUGUUGGUACGAUUGGUUUGACUAUGCUGAUGAAAAGAAGGCAGAGUGGCAGCUCGAGUACCUGGAACCGCAUGUCAAUCUCAAGACCCUUAAAAUAACCGAAUAUCCAGGUGUCAAAUUUGUUGGAUGGGUGGGUGCUUUAUCCUUCACUAAGUUGACCAAGUUGGUUCUAAAAGAUUGUAAGAAUUGCAGUAAACUUCCAUCAUUGGGUCAACUUCCUUCUCUAGAAGAGCUUGAGAUAGCUGGGAUGGAUGGCGUUCAACAUGUGGGACGUGAAUUUUGCUCUAUGCUAAUACCAUCUCCAUCUUCUCAGGUAGAGCUUAAUAUUUGGCAGAUGGAUGGCGUUCAACAUGUGGGAUCUGGAAUUUCCUCCAUGCUAGAGCCAUUUUCAUCUUCCUACAAAAUCGCAUUUCCCUCUCUUAAAUUAUUGCUAUUUAGCAGAAUGAAAAAUUGGAAAGCGUGGGAUGGAAUACAGAGUGGAGAUUUCCCCAAUCUCCAUGUUAUUGAAAUUUUUAAAUGUUCAAAGCUGAUCAACUUUCCAAAGUGGUCCUUGUUGCCUUCGGUGAAAGAAAUGGUAUUAGUUAGUUGUGGUGCACUUGAUGUUCGAUGUUGGUUUUCACUGACAAAUUUAACAAUUGGCAUCAGUAGUCAGGAACAUAGUGAGUGGAUGUCCAAGUCUUACUUUCCAAUUCUUCAACACUUGAUAUUAUUAAAUAGCAAAGUGGAAUCAGUUCGUCUGUCACAGAAACGAAUACCUUCACUGAAGACUUUAGAGAUUUCAGACUGUCCAACAUUGAGAGUUGUUGCAGGGUUAAAAAACCUCACCUCCUUGAAUUCUUUAUAUAUAGAAGCAUGCCCUAAUCUUGAGUUCAAGGGGUUACCAGCCACCCUCAAACAAGUGAAGCUCCGCCGUUGUAGUUUGUUUAAGAAGGGGCUCAAUGAACAACAGCAUAUGCCAAAUGACUUGAUGAUAGAGGCACACAAUUCCGAUGAUGAAGACAAAGAGGAAGAGGAAGAGGAAGAAGAAGAGGAGAUGGAUGUCAAUGAUGAAGAGGAAGAGGAAGAACAAGAGGAGAUGCAUGUCAAUGAUGAAGAGGAAGGAGAUGGAUGGAGAGGAUGAUGGCAACAAUGAUAAUGAUGAUAACAUGGAUUAGAUGAUAAGGAUGACAAAGAGCCAGAUGACAAUGGUAGCAACAUAGAAGAAGGAUGACUCUUUAACAUUGAGAAGAGCAUGUAAACAAAUUAUGAUAUAACUUAUUACACAGUGAAUUUCUAAUUUUUUUCUCUUA